AUGGCCGGUUCUCAGGGACAGCUGACCUUCAGGGAUGUGGCCAUAGAAUUCUCUGAGGAGGAAUGGGGACGCCUGACCCACACUCAGCGGCAACUGUACAGGGAUGUGAUGUUGGAGAACUACGGACACCUCCUCUUCUUGGCUGUAUCUUCACAUGACACCAAGAGUUUCCUGCUACAGUGGAGCAUAGAAGGUUCUUUCCAGAAUGGGUCAAUGCAGAGAUACAAAGAUAGUGCUUUUGAGAUUUUACACUUAUGCACAGACUGGGACAAUGAUGGGGAGAGUGAAGGGCAUCAAAGAAAUCCUGGACGAUACACCCAAACCAAGGCAAUUGCCCUUAAUGAGAAUCUCACUGCCCCAAAUGGUGAAAGAUAUAAACCGCUAUGGAAGACCUCCCUUUUUAAGUCAACUGUUUCUGCAGAGCAAUGGGUCUCUGUCAGCACAAGCUCCAAUCAGAUAGUCAACCAUAUUGAUUUGUGGACAGACCCCUUGGAACAUCUGGAAAGUAACCUAGUCCAUGAUGAGAAUAAUGAUUUGAGCCAUUUGGAAAAUAGGAUUGGUCUGACUUUAAAUCAGAGAUUUAGAAAUGAAGAACAAAGUCCUCAGUGGGAUCCAUAUGAGAGGGACUUCACUGAGGAGUCGACCCUACAGUAUGACCAGAGGCUUUUCACUGGAGACAGAAUUGCUCAAUGCACUGAAUCUGAGAAAACAUUGGACCAGGGCUCCAGUGUUCACAGAUGUGUCAGGGCUAGUUUUGCAGAGAACCAUUAUGAAUGUGAUAAAUGUGGGGAAGUCUUUCAUCCAAGCUCUAACUUCAGUAUACAUAAUGGUCACCAUUUGGGAGACAGUCCUCAUAAAUAUAAUGAAUGUGGGAAAGCUCAUAACCAGUCCUCCAGUGUUGGUGAUCAUCAGAGAAUUCCUGAGGGAAAAAGCCCAUUGACAUGUAAUAAACAUGGGACCGUGUUUAGUCAGUCAUCAAGCCUAAACAUCAAUGAGAUAAUCCCUCAGGGAGAGGAAACUUACAUUUUUAAGGAAUGUGGUAAAUCCUUUGACUGCCACUCAACACUAUCUCAACAUCAACAAAUGCAUACUGGAGAAAAAAUACACAAAUGGAAAAAUUACAAGUGUAAUGAAUGUGCCAAAGCCUUUACAUCAUGCUCAAAACUUACUCAACAUCACAGAAUUCAUAGUGGAGAGAAACCUUACCAGUGUCAACAAUGUGGCAAGAGCUUUAACCACAGCUCAACCCUUACUCGACAUCACAGAAGUCAUACUGGAGAGAAACCUUACCAAUGUCAAGAAUGUUGCAAGAGCUUUAACCAGAGGUCAUCCCUUAUUAAACAUCACAGAAUUCAUACUGGAGAGAAACCUUACCAAUGUCAAAAAUGUGGCAAGGCCUUUAACUGCCUUUCACACCUUUCUGAACAUCAUAGAAUUCAUACUGGAAAGAAACCUUACCAGUGUCAAGAAUGUGGUAAGGCCUAUGCAGUCCCUUCACAACUUACUAAGCAUCACCGAAUUCAUACUGGAGAAAAACCUUACCAAUGUCAAGAAUGUGGCAAGGCCUUUAGUGACAGGUCAACCCUUACUGAACAUCACAGAAUUCAUAGUGGAGAAAAACCUUACCAAUGUCAAGAAUGUGGCAAGGCCUUUACCUGGAGGUCAAAUCUUUCUCGGCAUCAGAAAACUCAUAGUGCAGAGAAACCUUACCAAUGUCAAGAAUGUGGCAAGGCCUUCAAGUGGAGGUCACAUCUUUGUCAACAUCACAAUAUUCAUAACGCAAAGAAACCUUACCAAUGUCAAGAAUGUGGCAAGGCCUUUAACUGGAGGUCAGGUCUUGCUAAGCAUAAGAGAAUUCAUUGUGGAGAAAAAUCUUACCAAUGUGAAGAAUGUGGCAAGCCCUUUAAGGACAGCACAACUCUUAUUGAACAUCAUAGAACUCAUACUAGAGAGAAACCUUAUCAAUGUCAAGAAUGUGGUAAGGCCUAUGCCGUCCCUUCACAACUUACUAAACAUCACAGAAUUCAUAAAGGAGAGAAACCUUACCAAUGUCAAGAAUGUGGCAAGGCCUUUAUCCACAGCUCAAACCUUAUACAACAUCACAGAAUUCAUACUGGAGAGAAACCUUACCAAUGUCAGGAAUGUGGCAAGUCCUUUAGCUGGAGGUCAGGUCUUACUCACCAUUACAGAAUUCAUUUUGGAGAAUAAUCUUACCUAUAUGAAGAAUGCCGCAAGUCCUUUAGGGACAGCUCAAUUCUUAUUGAACAUUACAGAACUCAUACUGGAAAGGAACCUUACCAAUGUCAAAAAUGUGGCAAGGCCUUUAACUGCCUUUCACACCUUACUCGACAUCAUAGAUUUCAUACUGGAGAGAAACCUUACCAAUAUCAAGACUGUGGCAAGGCCUUUAGACAUAGCUCAGGCCUUACUCAACAUUACAGAAUUCAUACUGAAGAGAAACCUUACCAAUGUCAAGAAUGUAGCAAGGCCUUUAUACACAGCUCAACCCUUACUCGACAUCACAGAAUUCAUACUGGAGUGAAACUGGUGAAUGUCAUGAAUGUGGCAAGACCUUUAACUGGAGGUCAAGUGUUACUGAGCAUCAGAGAAUUCAUCCUGGAGAGAAACUUUAGCAACGUCAAGAAUGUUGUUAGACCCUCGAGUUUAGAAGCUGCAGAUGUGGAUGCCUCGAGUCCGGGUGCUUCUCACUUCUGCGUUCACCUGUUUUUAAGACCUGGUCAGAAGUGA